AUGGCAGAAGCAGGAUUUCCCCUACGAAAAUGGAAUUCAAAUCAACGUGCCGUUCUAGAAGACUUGAAUCAUGGUGAAACCGAUCCAUCAACAACACUUCAUCUAGUGUCAGAAACGACAGUCAAAACUCUGGGAGUCGUCUGGGAGACGGAACCAGACUUACUAUGCAUUGAUGUACGAGCCACAACUAACAACGAUGAUUGGACGAAACGAAAAAUCUUUUCUGCAAUUGCCCAACUUUACGACCCGCUCGGGCUCGUGUCACCGAUUAUAUCGUGGGCAAAAAUCCAGAUGCAAAGAUUAUGGUCGGCAGGUAUCGGAUGGGACGAUCCCGUGCCAAAAGAAAUCGCAGCACGGUGGAGAGAAUUUUAUGCCCAGCUAGCAGUUUUGAAAAACUUUAAAGUACAUCGUUGCUUUCUAGCACCACAACAAAAGGACGUGCAGUUUCACGUAUUUAGCGACGCCUCUGAAGCAGGCUAUGGUGCGUGUAUCUACGCUCGAUCAUCGACCAGUGAGGAUGGCAAAAUAAACAUACAGCUCAUCGCUUCGAAAUCACGCGUAACACCACUAAAACGACUCAGCCUUCCGCGAUUGGAGCUAUGUGCUGCACUAUUAGGAGCGAAACUCUACGCUAAGGUCUCUGCAGCGCUGGGAAUGGAGGGAAUUCCUUGCUGGUUCUGGUCAGAUUCGAUGGUUGUCCUGCACUGGAUUCGAGCUCCACCCAAUACAUGGCAAACAUUCGUAGGCAACCGCACUGCAGAAAUUCAACUCCUCACACACGGACACACUUGGAACCACGUGAAAGGACCUGAAAACCCUGCUGAUCACAUUUCACGUGGGCUACUGCCGAACGAUUUCGUCCCACUUGAGAGCUGGCGUGUGGGUCCAGCUUGGCUGCAUAAGAAGGAAGACGAAUGGCCGAAACAAACACAGCUACACCCACCUGACGAUGGAAUUACUGAACGACGUAAAACAGUGCUGACAUUAAAUGUCCCCGAACCAUUCCACUUGUUCGAACGUUAUUCAUCCUUUCAGCGUCUGGUGAGAGUUACCGCCUACGUCCUCCGCUUUAUUAACAUGUGUCGACUCAAAAGCAAAAUCGUAGAACCAUUCCUGACUACAUCGGAGCUAGGAACUGCAAAAGAUUCAUUGGUCAAAUGUGCGCAAUCAGAAGUUUUCUCUGAGGAGAUCAAAUCCCUCAGAAAGAAUCAAAUUGUGUCGAAAAAAUCUUAUCUCAAAUUGUUACAUCCAUUCCUUGAUGAGAAAGGCAUACUUCGGGUUGGUGGCCGGCUCAAGCAUUCCACACAACAUUACCAAACCAAGCACCCUUCAAUUCUGCCAUACAAACACCCACUAUCGCGUCUCAUUGCAGCGCAUUUCCACACCCAAACCCUACACUCAGGUCCCCGCAUGAUCCUGGCAUCCAUGCGUCAGCAGUUCUGGCCAAUCAGAGCCUGUAGGGCAACUACCGACAGCACGCACUAUCCCUGGCAGACCAUUCACGAUCACCGGAGUAGACUACUGUGGUCCAGUUUAUCUCAAGCCCGUACACCGCCGAGCAGGGUAGAUCACUUCACCGGAUACGUGCCCAUUACCCACCGUCGUUCACUUCCGCUGCAUCACCACACCGGACCAAACAAUGGCUGCAACUACAGUAUGGCUCUCUGCCGGAUAGAAACGAAAGGGGCCUCCAAUGCUGUGCGGCCGCUUUGCAUCGAUGGCCGCAGGGUAUUAAAAUUUUACGACUUUCGACCAUCGCAGCAGAUCGACCGAACGACUGGAGGAUGA